AUGAAGCCGUUUACUGUCCUGCUAUCAGCAGCCUCCAUUUGGUCCCUCGCUCGUGCUACCGAGGACCCGGGGAUACCCGAGGACUUUGACGGGAGCGGAGAGAGCGGUGGUGGACCUCCCGAGCCCCCCGUUGGUUUGCCGACGCCGGUCAAGGAAGAAGAUUAUGUUUGGGAAGUGACCAACUGGCAAGCAGGCCUGAGCCACGGCAAUCCGAAUGAUCCCACGACUGGUUGGUACAGUUUCAAUGUUUCGGCCCCCGCAAUCAUGUUCGAUGAACGCUAUGUGCCCGGAUUCGAUGAGCAUUGUGCGGGAUCCGCGAUGGGAUCCCCUCUCGAGUCCGACUUUGUCAUGUGCGGGUAUACAGGUGGUGGUCUGAUAGCAGCGAGGGUGUUCCCGUCAACAGAUAGCACCGAAGCUCAUGUAGCCAUCGAAUACACGUGCGACAGCAUGAAUAUCACCGGAUUUGCCGUUCAGGAGUGGGCAAGAGAGAGGCCACCCUAUAACUUUACCAUUGAUCACUUUGCCAUGCAUGGUGGCUAA